UGUUUUCGUGCUUGAUUGAUAUAUUUAUACUCGAUCAGCACGAUAUUCAGGGACUACCGACGUUACCGACCGUCCGGCGCAACUUGGCAACGCGGCACUGUUUGUGCCGGUUAACAUACAAUUCUCGGCAGAUCCUCAUUAGACUCUCGACAGUGCGUUGUUGAAAACGACGAGAACGAAGUGUCAUAAAUUAUCGGGGAAAUUCAACGCAGACGAGCUUUUGGAACAAGUCACGGUCAGUGACUUACUGAAUUAAAAUCGAGACCGAGCCAUACAAUCAGCUGGUGUCAGAUGUAACUACUGAUACGUCCUGCGAGCAUUCGUUCACUUAAUUGUGUUUUUAUUUUGGAAGAUUAUCAGUCGUAAAAUGGGGAAUUAAUUAACUAUACGUCGUUCAUUAAAAUAUGUUAAGAGUUAUGAUGAAAGUUAACGGAUUCCGUUUGUUUAUAGGUGAGAAGAGAUACUGUGCUGCACAAGAAUUCAUUGAGGCCGAAGGCUGUGACGCGGAGGAUUCCAGGAAUUGUAAGGAAUGUAAAGGCUGCAGUCGCCCUGGUUGUUACAAACGUGCACUAGAGAGGAUGGAGCAUCUCGUCAAUGAGGCCCAGGAGAAAAUGGACAAUCAAGGACCUCUCAUUGAGGAGAUUAAAAGAGGGGAAGAGCAGAUUAAGAGUGCUGCCGGUAGGCUUCGAGUACUUUUGGAGACGAUCCAAGAUAUGGUCGAUAUGAUCGAGGUGGAGAAUAGUGGUGGGGCUAAUGACUAAAAGAUGAAAAUAUUAAAAAAACCCAAAAGUGUACUGUAAAAAAAGCUUCAAUAUGAAUGUUUGAGCACAUUUGUAACGAAA